AUGGUAGUGGCGUCAACAACUCUGAACUCACUUUAUCACAACAACUACUACAAUAUAACAAAAGAUGAUUACUACAUAAAUAAAGAUGAUAUUGACGAAUACUACGAUCCAAAUUCACGGUUUAUCUCAUACGAUGGAAGCGGGGCACAGCUGUGGCCGGGUGCCGUACACAUCGCUGGAAUUUUGGCAUUGACCGCUACAGUGCUUUCGAUGGUUUCGAUACUAUCCCAUUUGAAAAAUUAUAGGAAGCCGCAUCUACAACGAUUUGUUGUACGUAUUAUAGGAAUGGUACCGAUUUAUGCUUUGACUUCUUGGGCUAGUCUAGUCUCACUCGACGCUGCUUUCUAUUUGGAUGCAGUUCGAGAUAUAUAUGAGGCAUUUGUAAUAUACUGUUUCUUCAACCUAUUAAUCAAUUAUCUGGGUGGUGAGCGAUCAAUUUUAAUUCUACUUCACGGUCGCCCGCCAACGCGACACGUGAUGCCCGUUAGUAUCUUCAUAAAAGAUAUGGACGUUGGCGAUCCGUACUCAUUCCUGUUCCUGAAACGUGGAAUUCUCCAGUACGUAUACAUAAAACCGAUUCUCGCCGCCGUCACUCUGAUACUAAAGUGGUUUGAAAAGUAUCACGAUGGUUUGAUCGCGGUGCAGAGUGGAUACUUUUGGGUGUCACUUAUUUUCAAUGUUAGCUGUACGUUGACACUCUAUUGUUUGGCAAUGUUUUAUAUGUGCACCAAGGAGGAUUUGAGGCCGUAUCGACCGGUACCGAAAUUUUUGUGUGUGAAAGCAGUUAUUUUUUUCUCUUUUUGGCAAGGAUUCGCUAUUUCUGUGUUGGCAUGGUUAAACGUAAUACCUGGCGAUGAAUACAUUUCGGUAGCUAUUCAAGAUUUUCUAAUAUGUGUGGAAAUGGUUGCUGCUGCAAUAGCACAUUGGUAUGCAUUCUCCUACCAAGAUUACUACAACCCAUACGUACUAUCCGCUCGUAUGCCAAUGAAAUAUGCGUUCAAAGACGCCAUCGGAAUGAAAGACGUGAUCGAGGACACCCUCGAAACACUGCGCGGCUCGCGAUUCAACUAUCGAACGUUUGAGCCGGCCGAAGGUAUGGCACAUAUCGGCGCUAGUAGGACUUCGCGAAUCAUGGCAGGUCUUCGAUACGCCUCAGGCGGUGCGAGCAAAUAUUGGGUCACGGAACCGAAUCAGAGAACCGCUCUGUUGAGUGGAGGAAAUACCAUUAGUAAUGUUAAUAAUGCGGAAAAUCAAGAUUACAAUUUGGAUUUUCCGGACCAACUUGACGUGGAGGUUGAAGCCAUGUAUGAUCAUAGUAGAAAAUUGGGAAGGUAUGGGGAUUAUAAUUUUCCGGUUAUCGAUGGAAAUUAUGGAAUUUUGAGGAACACUGGGAAACCUGUGUCUUCCUCAUCUACUAUUGGAAAGCGUAAGGAGACUUUGUCAAAAAAGAAGCAUAAUGGGCUUAAAGUACGUGAGAAACCAAGGCAGCUUAGUGAUGUUGUUCCACCUUUCCGACCGGGAUGCGUGGACCUUGUUAAAGAAGUAAAAGAUGAGUCAGGUCGACAUCUUGAAAGUUAUGUGGAAGCUAUCGAACAGAUUACUACAUCUUCGUCAUCACAUGGACAAUCUUCAGCGAGUGCUUUGCCUAUAUUGGAUCCAUUUGUACUUGGUGUUCGGUUACCGCCAAAUGUUCCCCUUCAACCACAAAAUCAUUAUAAACAACCUGAUUACACCACACCGAUAACAAGAAAUCAUCGUCAAAAUGAGAAACCACUGUCGAAUAGUGUAAAUAGCAUAAAAGGAUCAAAUCACUUCAAAUCAAACAAUAAUCCGUCGCAGCAGUCCCCUUUUAAAAUUCUCAACAAGAAUAGCAGUAAUAUCACAAAAUCUAAACCGAUAUCAAUAAAUGGAUCAUCACGAGAGGCAGAAAAACGGCGGGUGGAAAAUUCGGAUAAUGAGGAAGAAAAUGAUCCUUUGGGCGCGAGUCGGAACGUCAAUUAUUUAAGUCAGUCUAUGCGAUCUCUCGAGAAAAAUAUAUGGAAGGAAAACAUAUGGGAUAGUUGA